UAUGAUCAAAUAAUAUCUUUAAAAGGAGGAAGCUAAAAAUAUAAUGAAGCAAGAAAUUAAUGUAUUCAAAUUUUAUCAUAGAGAUUUAGUCCUCAUUCAAUAAUAUUGAAAAUUCACUUGAUUAAAUAAUAUAUGAUCUAAAAGUUCAUUAGUAAAACAAAUUUCCAAAUAAAUUCUAAAAACAUGAUCCUGAAAUUAAUAUUCUUUGUUUUCCAGGAACAACACCCGAAGUAAACAAAAAACAAUUUAAUGAUGAUUUCAGUCAUUAAGUAACAUCAGUAAUGGAGAAAACCCUCAAAAGUCAAAUAACAAAGAAAGAAGAGUUUCUAAAUUUAGAGUUUAUGAGAAAAUAUAGUUAAAAGGAAGACUAAAUUAAAAAAAAGGAUUAAGAAUUACAAGAUAAAAGUUCCGAAAAUUAAUAACUCAAAUAAACUCAACAAGAAAAAUAAUAAGAGUUUUGGGAAUUGAAACAGAAAUAUGAACAAGAUAAACUAUAAUUAGAAGACUAAAUUAAAAAAAAGGAUUAAGAAUUACAAUAUACAAUUUCCAAUAAUAAAUACCUCAACUAAAUUCAACAAAAAAAAUAAUAAGAGUUUUGGGAAUUGAAACAGAAAUAUGAACAAGAUAAACUAUAAUUAGAAGACUAAAUUAAAAAAAAGGAUUAAGAAUUACAAUAUACAAUUUCCAAUAAUAAAUACCUCAACUAAAUUCAACAAAAAAAAUAAUAAGAGUUUUGGGAAUUGAAACAGAAAUAUGAACAAGAUAAACUAUAAUUAGAAGACUAAAUUAAAAAAAAGGAUUAAGAAUUACAAUAUACAAUUUCCAAUAAUAAAUACCUCAACUAAAUUCAACAAAAAAAAUAAUAAGAGUUUUGGGAAUUGAAACAGAAAUAUGAACAAGAUAAACUAUAAUUAGAAGACUAAAUUAAAAAAAAGGAUUAAGAAUUACAAUAUACAAUUUCCAAUAAUAAAUACCUCAACUAAAUUCAACAAAAAAAAUAAUAAGAGUUUUGGGAAUUGAAACAGAAAUAUGAACAAGAUAAACUAUAAUUAGAAGACUAAAUUAAAAAAAAGGAUUAAGAAUUACAAUAUACAAUUUCCAAUAAUAAAUACCUCAACUAAAUUCAACAAAAAAAAUAAUAAGAGUUUUGGGAAUUGAAACAGAAAUAUGAACAAGAUAAACUAUAAUUAGAAGACUAAAUUAAAAAAAAGGAUUAAGAAUUACAAUAUACAAUUUCCAAUAAUAAAUACCUCAACUAAAUUCAACAAAAAAAAUAAUAAGAGUUUUGGGAAUUGAAACAGAAAUAUGAACAAGAUAAACUAUAAUUAGAAGACUAAAUUAAAAAAAAGGAUUAAGAAUUACAAGAUAAAAGUUCCGAAAAUUAAUACCUCAACUAAAUUCAACAAGAAAGAUAAUAAGAGUUUUGGGAAUUGAAACAGAAAUAUGAACAAGAUAAACUAUAAUUAGAAGACUAAAUUAAAAAAAAGGAUUAAGAAUUACAAGAUAAAAGAGAAAAAAAUCAAAAAGAAUUAGAGGAAUAAAAAGAAAAUCUUUUACAUUUAUAAUUAAACAAUAAUCUUUAUGAUUAAAAAAGAAAAUUAGAAAACCUGCUUAAUAAACUUGAUAAAAUUAACUAAACUUUAUCAGCUAUAGAGAAUGAACAAUCUACGAUUACUUAUGAAGAAAUAGUUAAGAUAUAAUUAAAUUAAGGAGAAUAUGUUUCGAAUUGCACAAAAUGCAAUAAAACCUGUCAUUAUCCAUGUGGUAUUCCUGAAUCUGAAAAAAAAUAAAAUUGUAGUGUAAUGCAGAAUGGCUAAUGUACAGUCUGUGAAGAUAAAUGUAGUUGGUAACAUCAUAAAUCUGACAUUUUUCGCUAUGUAGCCUAAUAACUGAAGAAAGAAGUUAAAUCUGACAAUGAUUCUAAAAACGAAAAAAUAAAUAAAUUGAAGAAAAAGGAUCGAAAACAAAAAAAAAAAAGCAAAUAAUUAAUAUAGGAAGUAAUGAAGUUGGCUAAAAAACUAAAUCAUAUUAAACCAUUAAUGACUGAAUUUGAAUAUAUUGAUAUGAUGAUUAGCAAUGACUAUUCAAAAGGAAAUGAAGGAAAAAAAAAAGCUUUAUAAGCCCUCAAAGAGGGAUGGGAGAAGAUUUGAU